AUGUCGUCCGAACCAAUCGAGGUGCCCCCAGCGGCCGCGACGAUGACAACCUCGUCUGGCGAAGCGGCUGCCGCACCCUCCACCGAUCCCUCCCUGAGGAGCUGCUUCAUCUGCCUGCAGAAUGCCGGCGAAACGCCCAACACCGUCUGGGUGAACGCCUGCCCCUGCACCCUGGAGGCACACGAGGACUGCAUGCUGCGUUGGAUCGCCGAGCACGAGCGCGAGAGCACCAAGCCGCUGCGCUGUCCCGCAUGCAAGGGCAAAAUCAAAACCGUCGAGCCCCGCGAUCGCUUCAUCGGCAUCCGCGACCACCUACACAAGAUGUACAGCCGCAUGACCCCCGCCAUCCUCCUCGGCAUCCUGACCGGCUGCUCCAUGGCCGGUUCGAGCUAUUACGGCAUGUUGAGCAUCUGCGUCUUCGCCGGGCCUGGACCCGCCAUGGGCUGGUUGGGCCUGGGCAAGGCGCUGGCCGAUAGGAGAUUGAACCCCGGCGUGCCUUGGUACCGGUGGAGAGCUGGCUGGGACUUCUGCUUCAGGUUCUGGCUGUUGCACUUCAUCGCUCCGGCCCUCUUGAUCCAGAAGGCCCUGCCUCCUCAGCUCAUCGAUUUCAUGACCGUGCCCGCAUCGGUAUUUGUGAGUCCCUUUCUUCUAGGGUAUGGCGUUUCUCUUGUUCUCCGGGACGAUAUGCCCCAGUGGCCCCCUUCGCCCGCCUGGGUCAUGACCGUGCUGCCAUGGGUCAGCUUCUCAUAUAACCGGAUCUACCACGACCUUUUUGGUGCCUACGAGCGACGCCUGAACCAGGCCCUCCGUGGCCGUAGCCUGCCGAAUGAGGAGCUUCCCGCUGCCGAGGGCGGCCGCCAGCAGGUUGACGUUGCACCUGACAAUGGUGGUGAUGGUGGUGGUGCUGCUGCUGCUGCUGCUGCCGCCGCCGAGGCCGAAGACGAGGGAUACUUUGCCCAGGCGCUCAGGGUUGGAAAUGCUGUUCUCAAUAUGAUUGGGGACGACAACAACGACGAGGAGGUUGUGGCCGAGAUCGAGCUCCACAUCGGGCCUGGCGAGGAUGAGCAGGCCGCCAUCCAGGAGCUGCAGGAGGAGCUGAACGAGAUCGCUGGUGGCGACGGGGACGGCCUCGUCGUGAUCCAAGAAGAACCUGCCGCGGAAGCAGAGCAGCAAGAUCAGCAGCCUGUCAGGGAGGCCAACGGUGGUGAUGAAAAUGAUGCAGCUGAUCCUCCACCACCCAUCCGGCUCGAGCCUCGCGCAGGCAACGAUCAGCAGGCAGCAAACAACAACAAUGAUGGCCAUGGCGCCCCAGCCGCUGACAACAAUAACAACCGUAACAACAACAACAACAACGACAACCAAGCUCCUGAGGAGCCCAUUCGUGAAGCCCGUGGGACCUCAACCACACUGACCGACCUCGUCAACGGCGUCGUCAGCGCUCUCACCUUCCCACUCGUAUGCUGGGGCGCCGGCGUAGUUCUCAAUUAUACCUUACCCUCUCCGUGGGUGACAAGGACGUACACACGCCCCGCGACCGGCCUCCUCCAGGAACAAUGGGGACGGAGUCUUGUCGGUGGCGCCCUGUACAUUGUCGCCAGAGACAUGGUGAACCUCUACACCAAGCACCGCCGCGUCCAGGUCCGCAAGCACAGGAGGGUGAGGAAUGUGCCGCGGCGGAAGCCAAGACAGGUGUCGAGGCAGGGCAGCUCGGCCGAGUGA